AUUUCUUUCGAGUCGUGCGUCGCGUUUGGGUGGAAAAAGCUUCCAAGUGAACAGAAUAAAAGCCCAAUGACGACGGCGCCUUUCAACUGCGUCAUUUCCAGCCUGUCGCUCGCUCCCGCACUUCGCCAGCGCCGUCUGCCGGUGCCGGUACCGGUGCCGCGAAGGACCAGGAGCAGGACCAGGACCAGGACCAGGAGCAAGACCAGGAGCAAGACCUCGCGUCGUCUCCGCGACGUCAUUGUCAUUAGGGCAGGAAAAGGGCGUGCUGACGUAAGAGGCUUAAAUCCGCCGCCGGCGUAUUGCGGCCUUCGUCAUCAUCCACGCCGAACGCACAACAUGACUCGUGCUGUGCUUCUUGUGUGAGACGAACCGGGGACGGAAACCAGUGAGACGCCGACGCCGACGCCAUGUCGUCGUCGUCGUCGCUGCAGAUCGCCGAUGACCAGAAAGGCUACGACCUGGACCUUUUCUGCGUGCCCAGACAUUACGAGAAGGAUUUGGACAAGGUGAUCAUUCCUCAUGGACUCAUCAUGGAUAGGACGGAGCGCUUGGCCCGCGACAUCGUGCGCGACAUGGGGGGCCACCAUAUCGUCGCCCUUUGCGUGCUGAAGGGCGGCUACAAAUUCUUCGCAGACCUGCUGGACUACAUCAAGACGCUGAACCAGAACAGCGAUCGAUCGGUGCCGCUGACGGUGGAUUUCAUCCGAGUGAAGAGCUACUGCAACGACAAAUCCACCGACGUGGUCAAAGUCAUCGGAGGCGACGAGCUGUGCAGUCUCUCGGACAAGCACGUUUUGAUAGUUGAGGACAUCGUGGAGACGGGACGGACGAUGCAGACGCUGCUCUCGCUGCUCAGUGAAAGCAGGCCCAAGAUGGUGAAAGUGGUGAGCCUCCUGGUGAAGAGGACACCCAGGAGUUCUGGGUAUAGACCAGAUUAUAUUGGAUUUGAGGUUCCCGACACCUUCCUGGUGGGUUACGCUUUGGACUACAACGAGUACUUCCGAGAUCUUAGUCACAUCUGCAUCCUGAACGACGAAGCCAAGGAGAAGUACAAAGUGUGACGCCACGACGACGUCCGGGACCGGCUGUGAUGUCCCUCCUCCUCUCUUCUUUAUUUUUAUACAUAGGAGUCCACAAAAUGUGCAAAUAAUAAUUUCUUACAUUUAUUGACUUAUGAAUAAUGGCUAUUUUGGUUGUCUGGUUUAUUUAUUGAUGUUACAGGUUUUACGUGUACAUUUAGAUUUAUCUUCUUAUAAGGAAAGACGAUGUAACUCUUUUGCUGACUCAGGCUUUUCAGUGAGUGGAACGUAGCCUUUUGGUUUGCACAUAUACCGUUUAUCGAUGGAAGGGCAUUGUACUGUAUAGUCCCACAUAAUGCCAAGUGGACUGACUGACAAGCGACGUAUUGGAAG